CAGCCUCUGCUUCCUGCCGCCGACUCGGGGAGCGAUGGGCCCGGCGCUGCUGCUCGCGCUGCUCUCGGGCCUCGGAGCCGCCAAGCCUUUCUCCACUGCGGGAAGCUCCCGUGGAGGGUCAGCCCACAGUUUAUCUGUGGGUCCCCGACGGGUUCGACGUGAGCUUCAGGGAGUGCCCUACGAGGCGGUUGAGACCGCGUUGGCCAAUGAGGUGUAUUAUCCCGAAUUGGUCCGGCUGGCCGCGCUGGAGAGAGCCUUGUCGCCCCCUGGUGGACAGCUGCGGGACGAGCAUCUCGUCCAGGCCUUAGAGAGAGCCUUGGCGUCCUCCGGCAACCAACUACAAGACGAACGCUUGGCCCAGGCGUUAGAAAGGGCUGCAGCGCCACCUCCUGGUAACCAGUUCCAGCCAGAUGAGCGUCUGGCCCUGGCUUUGCAGCGUCUGCUUCAGGAUGGGCAUCGCCGGGACCAGGAGUCUGUCUAUCUGGCCAACCUUCUGAGGCUUUGGGACGAGGCCAAGGGAGCGGCGUUGUACCCUGACUACGACGAGACCGGCCUAGCGGGUGGCUCCUCUCCACCGAGAGUGUCCCUCGGUCGCUACGGGGCCCCGGAAGGGGGUUUUGAACCGCAAGAAGAAGAGCUGGGCGGGGAAGAAGAGCCUGUCGGAGAGGUGGACCCCGAAAUGCUAAGGUACCUGGUUGGCAAGAUCCUGUCCGGCACCAACCUGCCCCCUCAACGCCUCCCAGCACCCCCCAGGCGCUUGCGGCGGGCCCUUUUUGACGGAGGGGACCUCCCCGAGCCACCCAGUCUCCUUCGGGUCAAGCGGCUCGGCGUGGAGGCCGGAGGGCAGCCCCAGCUUCAGCGGAUCAAGCGGACGGACGGGGGCGGGAGGAAGAAGGACGGCGGGAGCUCAAAGGCUGACGCCAAAAGUAAGCGUCAUGUUGAAUAUCUGAAAAGUUUUAAGGCCAUUUCUGACAUAGCAGCCGUUGCUGACAAGUAA